AUGUUGUUGCGAAUGAUGAUGACACUCCUCGGAACUAGGAGUCACUCUCCAUACAAGAACAUUUCAUUCGGAUUACCAUCGUCAUCACUAGCAUCAUCACUAUCGUCCCCACUAACACUUGUCCACCUACCACAACAACCUUUAUCAUCAUGGGUACUCUUCCAUCAUCAACACAUCACCACCAAUCAAUAUCAUACUUGCACCCAUAUACUUGACAAUAAGAAAUCAUCAAGAAAACAAUCAAAAUUUAAAUCUCUUCUUCUCAAAGAUGAACGAAAUGUUUCACCUCUCGAUUCUCAACUUGUCAAAACUCACAUUAAAAAUUAUAAAAAAAUUCAAAAACAACAAUUAAAAAUUCAAGAAAAAGAAUCAAAAAAGAAACAACGACAAGAUCAAUUUGAUAAACAACUCAGUCGAUUAGGAUUAAAAAAAGAUCAAUUACAAUUAGGAAAAUUAACCUCUGAAGACUAUGAAUAUUUAAUGAAACAUCAAGUGAAAGAUUUAAACCAUCAAAUGCAUUCUUCUGAACAUUCUUUAACACUUUCUUCAUUGAUUGGUAACAAAUUAAAAGAUCAAUCCUCUCUUGAAAGAAAACAUUAUCGAUUCUCAGUCAUUGUCAAACGAACAUUGGAUCAAAUAUUAAAUGAUCGAAGUAUUAAUAAGGAUGAACGAUUAAGAACUCAAAUUAGAAUUACCAAUGUUCAUAUUGGAAAUGAUCAAAGAACAAUAUAUAUCAAAUGGAUGAGAUUGAAAGGAUAUUUAAAUGCUCAAGUUGAUUCCAAUGCUGUGAGUAUGAAGGAUGAUCUUGAUGAAUGGUUGGAAAAGAGUAUUCAUAUUAAUAAUAAUAAUAAUAAUACUGGUGGUGGGGGUGGUGGUGGUAGUGGCAGUAAUGGUAGUAUGAGUAGUGGCAGUAGUAGUCAUGGUAGUAUGAGUAGUGGUAGUAAUGGUGGCAUUGGUAGUAUGAGUAGUAGUAAUAGUAAUGGCAUUGAAAUUCAAGAUUCUCCUGAAAUUUAUCAUUUAGAAAAAUUGAAUCAUUUAUUGAGUCAAGCCUCUGGUUUUCUCACUUCUCAUCUCUCACAAGCAUUGGGAUUGAAAUAUGCUCCGAAAUUAGUCUUUUCACCCAUUGUGACCAAUGUACAAGAAUUAGAAUUUGCUCCACCCUCCAUUCAACAAAAAUAUGAAUCGAUUUUGGAAUUGAAAAGAACCUAUGAAUUAGUGAAUGGAUGUGCAUGUGAUCCCAUGCAAUUAGUGGUAGAGCAAUUGGAGUGUGAUGAAUUCAUGGCAGAUCAACCGAUCAACAAGAAGAGAAACGUAUUGAAUAAUUCUUCACAUCAGAAAAAAAGAAGAAGAAGACCACUCUCACCUUUUACUUUUUAA